AUGGCCCAUCUGAGUAUGGCACUGCUACUAUUGACUGCUGUGUUGCAUGGUGAAGCCGAUGCCGACGGCUCAGCAACGUCGCCAACACCGGCCCCAUGGUUUUCUAUCCCUUGGCUUCCCACACCAUCUCCUAAUUCGCCUGCACCAAGUGGGCCAUCUCCCUGUCCCAGCCCUGGACUCACUUCUAGUGCACCGAUGUCGGUCCCACCUGCAUCGGCGCCAUCUGAACCUUCUUAUCCACCCGUAUCGGCUCCACCGGCUCCAUCUCCAUUGCCUAUUCAUAUUCCACCUUCGCCAGCUCCUGGCCCACAAAGAUCAACGGUCAAAGCUGCUUAUUGGCCUUCAUAUCAAUCAUCGGCCUUCUCAGCAUCGGCCAUUGAUACAUCUUACUUCACACAUGUAUACUACGCAUUUGUCUUACCCGAUCAGAACACUUAUGAGCUUGCGAUAACACAGCUGGACGAUCAGAUGCUGCCGAACUUCACUGCGACGCUGCACAGCAAGCACCCGCCAGCCAAAGCUCUGCUGUCCAUUGGAGGUGGAGGGAACAAUUCCACUACCUUCGCACUCAUGGUCAGCAAUCCAUCAUCGCGGGCCGUGUUCAUUAACUCAACGAUAACCGUUGCUCGGAAGUACGGUCUAGAUGGGCUUGAUCUUGAUUGGGAAUUCCCACAGAGUCAGGAGGAGAUGGAUAAUCUCGGGUUCCUGUUCGAUGAGUGGCGAGCCGCACUCUGGAAGGAGGCGAUGGACACCGGCCGUCGCCGUCUACGGCUCACUGCUGCUGUCUACUUUUCUGCUGAUUUCUUCCUAUCCGACGUCAAACGGACGUACCCCACCGUAUCGAUCCGUCGGAGCCUUGAUUGGGUGAGUCCUAUGUGCUUCGACUACCAUGGAUCAUGGGACACGUCGGUCACUGGGGCCCAUGCGGCGUUGUAUGAUCCCAACGGUUCGAAUCUGACCACAAGCUACGGCAUCACGUCGUGGAUCAAUGCUGGUAUCCCACCUUGGAAGGUUGUGAUGGGCCUACCGCUCUACGGUCGAACAUGGCAGCUCAAGGACCCGAGUAUUCACGGUAUCGGAGCACCGGCUGUCGGUGUGGGCCCCGGAGAUGGCAUCAUCGUCUACUCUGAUUUGGUGGACUAUAAUGUCCAGAACAAUGCCACAGUGGUCUAUGAUGGGGCCACAGUGUCUGCCUAUUCAUAUGCUGGGACAUCAUGGAUCGGUUACGAUGAUGCCACGUCAGUCAUAGGGAAGAUCAAGUACGGACAGAGGGAAAAGAACAUACGUGGAUAUUUCUUCUGGGCUCUUGGAUUCGACAAGGACUGGACCAUCUCUAAGCAAGGUAACAAGGCAUCCUCUUAUCAAUUUCGGGAUGCACACGGUCCGUUUGGUCCGGUUCUGGAUUGA